AUGGUUUUCACAUCACCAGCAUGGGUUCCCAAGCUGCCAAUUGACCCGCCCGACUCGAUCACAAUUGACGAGUUUAUGAACACGGAGAAAUAUGGCCGCUACGCCGGCGCAAAGUCCAGAAAUCCCUACACCUGCGGCCUCACCGGCAAGACGUACACUGUCCCCGAGGUCAGGCAAAGGGUCGACCACCUGUCGCGCGCCAUCGGCAAAAAGCUCGACUUUACGCCCAACGAGGGCACAGAGUGGGACAAGGUCGUGGCUCUCUUCUCCCUCAACACGAUCGACUACGUCCCCCUGACCCACGCCGUCCACCGCCUGGGUGGCGCCGUGACGCCCGCGAGCGCCGCCUACUCGGCACCCGAGCUCGAGCACCAGCUGCGCUCCUCCGGUGCCCAGGCCCUCUUCACCUGCGAGCCCCUGCUCGAGACGGCGCUCAAGGCCGCCAAGGCCGCCGGCAUCCCCAACGAGCGCAUCUUCAUCCUGGCCACGCCGGGCAGCACCGCCAGGCUGCCCUUUGCCACGCUCGACGAGCUCGUCGAGGAGGGCAAGAAGCUACCCGCCGUCGAGCCUCUCCGAUGGACCAAGGGGCAGGGCGCCCGCCAGGUUGCCUACCUGUGCUACUCCAGCGGCACGUCUGGCCUGCCGAAAGCCGUCAUGAUCUCGCACUUCAACGUCAUUGCCAAUAUUCUGCAGUACACAACCUAUGACUCUGUCGCUCGGAAAAAGCUCAACAUUGAGACCCAGGUCGACCUGGGCCUGCUGCCGUUCAGCCACAUUUACGGCCUCAUCAUCAUCACCCACAGUAAUUCCUACCGCGGCGACGAGGUCAUCGUGCUCCCCAAGUUUGACAUCAAGACGUUCCUCAGCGCCGUGCAGCAGUACAAGAUUGCCCAGCUCUACGUAGUGCCCCCGAUCGUGAUCCAGAUCAUCCGCAACCAGCAGCUGUGCAGCCAGUACGACCUCAGCUCGGUGCGGUACCUGUACGCGGGCGCCGCGCCGCUGGGGUCGGAGACGAUCGACGAGGUGACGAAGCAGUACCCGGCGUGGCACGUCGGGCAGGCGUACGGCAUGACGGAGACGUGCACCGCCGUCAGCACGACGAGCGAGCACGACAUAGACCAGGGCUCGUCGGGCUCGCUGGUGCCGGCGUGCCGGGCCAAGAUUGUCGACCCGACGACGGGGCGCGAGAUCACGGCGUACGACACGCCCGGCGAGCUGCUCGUGCAGGCGCCGUCGGUGGUGCUGGGCUACCUCAACAACGAAAAGGCGACGGCCGAGACGUUUGUCUGGCUCGACGACGGCCGCUGGAUCCGCACGGGCGACGAGGUGCUCGUGCGCCGCGCCGCCUCGGGCAACGAGCACCUCGUCAUCGUCGACCGCAUCAAGGAGCUCAUCAAGGUCAAGGGCCACCAGGUCGCCCCCGCCGAGCUCGAGGCCCACCUGCUCGCCCACGAGUUCGUCUCCGACUGCGCCGUCAUCCAGGUCCCCGACGACCGCGCCGGCGAGGUGCCCAAGGCCUACGUCGUCAAGACGAAGCGGGCCGACGGCCGCUCGGACGAGGACGUCGCGCGCGCCAUCGCCAAGCAUGUCGAGGACCACAAGGCCCGGCACAAGUGGCUCAAGGGCGGCGUCGAGUUUAUCGACAUCAUCCCCAAGAGCCCGAGCGGCAAGAUCCUGCGGAGGCUGCUGCGGGACAAGGAAAAGGCGGACAGGAAGGCCCAGGGCGCCAAGCUGUAA